UAGUCAAAUGAGAGACUAAACAAGAAAGAUGCUUACUGAGUAAGGUGGGAUCCAACAAGAGUGUAGUACAGAAUGCAAUAAUUUAUGAAUUACUUUGUUCUAAGGUAGCUCAAUAGAACAACACUUAAUGAAGAAAGGCAAAAGUUUACCUUUCUGGUACAUUUGUGAUUCUUGAUUAUUUAUUACUUGAAGAAUGUUUGAAAUUCACCAAUUUUAGAAAUGGAAGAAAGUGAUGAGCCUGAUCAGCCUAUCUCAGCAGGGAGACAAGAAAUUCGAAAGAGAAGACGACCCAGCCAACCAAUGGUAGACAAAUCACAGCAGACUGAAGUGACAGAGAAAAAGAAACACUUGCCUAUAUCACAAUCAUCUGGGCCUAAAGCUACCCUUAGUAUUGGUAAUAUUCCUGGAACCAAAGUCAACUAUGAGUCUCUCCGAGUUUCUUCUCAACUUCAGCAAACUUGGACAAAGAGAAAGCGUGUACAGGAUAUGACUGAUAAAUCUCUGCAAACAGAUGCAACUGUAGAAGAGAAAAAAGAAGAAAUCAAGUCAGUUGGUGAAACAGUGGUACCUGAAGAAAAGCCAGCUGCUGUUGAAGAGGAAGUCCCUGAAUUUCCAGAGAGUGUUCAGGAAGUAGAAAUGCCACCAAGCAGACAUUCAGUUCAAUUCAAAAUAGACAGAUCUCAGCAGACCAGUUGUACUGGAGACUGGACACUGAUGAACAUUCCUCAAAAAGAGAAAGUGGACAAGGAACAGCAGACAUACUUUAGUGAAACAGAAAUAGUGGUUAUUGGUAGGCCAGAUAGCUCUUUUUCAAAGUCAAAUGAAGUUGUGCAGGAACGUAAAUCCUCAGGUAAGAUUUUUCUUAGUGAACAUCCAGAAUUGCAACCCUCAACAAGUAAAGAUGAAGCAAUUGGGAAGAUUAAUAUCAACAGAUUUCUAUUUAGUCAACAAAGCAUAAAAGGUUUUUUGGAACUUUCAGAAGAUGAGCAGUAUGUUCUUGGUGAAAUACAGCCUCCCUUUGCAGAAGAGAUCUCUGCUGAAGUGCAACCUCCACCAGCUGGGAAAAUUACAGAAGACUCCCCUCCUGAACUUAAUUCUCCACCAACUGAAGAACCUCCAGCAGAAAAGAGCCCUGCUAAAGUAGAGCCCAUCCUGGGUGAAGAGGCUCUUUCAGAAGGGCCUCCUGCUGAAGUUCAGUAUCCAAAAAUUGAAGAAGUUCCUAUUGAAGUACAACUUUCCCCAGCUGAGGAGACUCCUACAGAAGAGGCCUCUGCUAAAGUAGAGUCUAUCCCUGCUGAAGAGGCUUUUUCAAAAGAGGCUUAUGUUGAAAUUCAGCCUCAAUCAGCUGAAGAGCCUUCUACACAAGAGGCUUCAGAACUUCAGUUUUCAUCAGCUGUCGAGGCCCCUGCAGAAGAGGCCCUAGCUGAAGUUUCAUCUAUACCAGCUGAAGAGGGCCCUGCAGAAGAGGCUCCAGCUGAAGUUCAGCCUCCACCAGCCAAGGAGGUCCCCUCUGAAGAGGCUCUAGCUCAAGUUCAGCCUCCACCAGCUGAGGAGGUCCCUGCAGAAGAGGCCCCAGCUGAAGUUUGGUCUCUACCAGCUGAAGAGAGCCCUGCAGAAGAGGCCCCAGCUGAAGUUUGGUCUCCACCAGCUGAGGAGGGCCCUGAAGAAGAGACCCCGGAUGGAAUUUGGUAUCUACCAGCUGAGGAGGCUCCUGAAGAAGAGGCCGCCGCUGAAGUUUGGUCUCCAUCAGCUGAGGAGGGCCCUGAAGAAGAGGCCCCAGAUGGAAUUUGGUCUCCACCAGCUGAGGAGGGCCCUGAAGAAGAGGCCCCAGAUGGAAUUUGGUAUCCACCAGCUGAGGAGGCUCCUGAAGAAGAGGCCCCAGCUGAAUUUUGGUCUCCAUCAGCUGAGGAGGGCCCUGAAGAAGAGGCCCCAGAUGGAAUUUGGUACCCACCAGCUGAGGAGCGCCCUGCAGAAGAGGCUCCAGCUGAAAUACAGUUUCUACCAGCUGAGGAGGGCCCUGCAGAAGAGGUUCCAGCUGACAUUUGGUCUCCACCAGCUGAGGAGGCCCCUAAAGAAGAUAUCCCAGCUGAAGUUUGGUCUGCACCAGCUGGGACAUCCCUUACUGAACUUCAGCAUCCAUCAGUUGAAGAAACUACUUUAGAAAUGGUCCCUGUUGACAAACAGUUCCCAGAAGCUAAAGAGGACUUUAUUACACAAAUCUCUGUAGAAGAUGUCCCUGCUGAAGUCCAGCCUCCACCAUCUGAACACGUUGCUGUAAAUGAGGCUUUGGUAGACCAUAUGUCUACUGGCUAUCAAUAUACCCAGACAACAGAUGUCCCAGUGGUAAAAUUAGAAUCACUGGUUUUGGAAGAUCAGCAAAAACCUGAAGAGCCUUUGGAACUGGAUCCUGCCCCUGAAGAUUUGUCUAAUAUCAAUAAAGAACAGGUCCCCACCUACAAAAUUGAGGGAGUCCUUCAUGUAGAAAUAAAAUAGGGGCCUCUUCCUCAGCUGUAAUCAGGUCUUAACUAAGCUAGCAAUCAGAAGCUAGGGGCUUCUGGACAUAUGCACUUUAGAAAACUAUAGGCAUUUGGAAGUACCUUUGAGAACAGGGAAAUAAAAGGAAGCCCCAAGAUGUGGACCACUGGCUGGAAAAUGAACAAUAAAAACUAGCAGUUUAAAACUAGUGUGUUA